UCUAGUCUUCCGGAAACUCAAGAAGAAGAGAAGAAGUAGAAGAAGUACUAGUAGUAUAAUAGAGGAAAAGAAAGACAGAGAGCUUCGAUGGGGGGAUUCGGUUACAACCUGGCAACCAAGAUAAAUGAAAAAACAUGAGGAAGUGGUCUGCGAUCAAAGUUGAAAUGCUCUGACAUGGCGUAACUGCCACCCAGGUUGAAUAUAACAGAACACGUUAUUUCAGACGAACAAACAACAGCGGUAGAAAUGAACCACCGUCCUAAAGUUUGCUGUGUACUCUGUCAGCGCUCCGAGGAGACAGAGAUAACCGGAGCAUUGUCGACAAAAGAUGAAGUCACUGCUCAUCAGAACUGUUUGUUAUUUUCCUCUGGUAUUUAUUGCCAGAAUUCACCAGAGUUUGAUGACCUGUUUGGUUUCUCUGUGGAAGAUGUGAUGAAAGAGGUCAAACGAGGAGGCAAACUGACUUGUAACAAAUGCAAGAGAAAGGGUGCCACUGCUGGGUGUGAAGUCGGACGCUGCAAGAAAUCCUACCACUACCCUUGUGCCAUUCAGGAGGGCGCUAAGGCUAUUGAAGAACCAGGCGAGGGGAAAUAUGAGCUGUUGUGCUUCAAACACUAUCAACAACAACAACCAAGAGACAGUGAUUCUGUUAAUGGGCUGAAAGCUGAAACCUCCAAAAAUCACAAUGGAGCUGGUUCAUCUAAGGUAUAUUGUCUUGCCUGUGAGAACACAGAGGGAAAAAUCAGCUUGGAAUAUUUGUCUAAUGGAGUUAUUAUGUUGUAUUGUGACAAACAUACUCCCUCGUCAUAUAAGAGGAAUGCCAGUGGAGAUUCUACGGUGUCUGGACUACCUGUGUGCAGCAGUGACUCAAACUCAUCCAGCAGUACGACACGUCUUUCCAAGAGACGGCUGAAUUUCAGUGACAUACAAGAGGAGACCCCGUCUAAACGGAAAAGGAGAAUAAUUGAUGAUUCUUCAGAUUCAGAUGAGAAUGUACCCAACAUAGAGUGUGCCCCUUUAGAGUCAGACUUCGAGGAAAAUGCAAACUCUGUUCCAGAGCACCAAGUAUAUCCAUCCUCUCUUUCAUUCACUCUUCUCCUCUUCUUGACUGUGGGUCAGUUUAGCAGAAAAGGAAGUGGGAGACCCACAGCGUCUACCUCAGAUGAAAGCAGAGGUAGCAAUAAAGAUGAAGAUGAAACAUUGAUUCAUUCAGAUGCUGAGUCAGAGAGUCUGCUGCUUCCUGUGAAGAUCGGCACACAGUUUCAGUCCUCUCCAACAAGAGGUUCGGAACGUUCACCUCAGACAGUAUUAGCCGCACAUCUCAAAGUGCCUUUGGUUAAGGUGGUGGUGGAGGAAAGGGGAAUAGGGUCCAAACCUGAGCAAAGUCCUGUCCACAGUCCUGAUCAACACACCGCUGGACCCUCCGCCCCACAGCAAAACACCACCAGGACCCCUCCCUCUCCAUCACCUGACCAGUCCAAGCGCCACAAUGCUACUGGCUCACCUCUGUGCUCCAACUUGGCCAUUUCCCCGCCCCAACCUGAUACCAUCUGUGUAUCCCUCAUCUCCUCCUCACCCUCUCCCGUGGCCCCUCCCUUUGACCCAGAGCCCAGCUUCGACUCCCCUAGCUUCUGGAAAAGCUGCAACGCGGCAGGAUGUACACAGGCCAUCUUUACUGAUUUCAUUAAUGAGAUGAAUGAUAUCUCUAGCAGAAUUCAGUCUGACCAGGCCAGCCAGGAGGAUUAUGAUCUUGCACUAAAAGUGAUGGCGGCUUCUGGGAAGCUAGCAGAGCUGGUGGCCAAGCAGCAGAAAGAGUUACAACAGAAACAAAUGGAGCUGACAAAGGCAGCAGCAGCUAUGAAGGAGGUUUUCUCAGCACUGAGGAGAUGAGCCCUUCAGCAGCUACUAUAAGAGCAUGGACAUUAAGGUUUACGGUUCAGUUUUUACUUUGUUUUUUGUCUGAUUACUACUGUUGGUUAAGUAUUUCAAAUCAUUCACACUUACUCGCAUUUUUUAAAUGUUUUAUACAAAUAGUAGAUAUGUAUUUUUUUAAUCAAAGCCUGAACAGAAUUGAUGUCUUGAUAUUUGAGAUAGAGAAUGGGGCUGGAAAUGGAAAUAUGAAACUAUAUUUGGCACUGAUGAUUCAAAAGCAUUUAAAAAUACUGAAUCUUGCAGCAUGAUCCGAGAUUUCAGCUUGUGAUCAUCACUGAAAACAGGUGAAGAUGUUACACUUCCAUUUUCAUAUUACACAGAUGUUUGUCAUAUAAUGAAGUAAGUUUGGGAAAACUGAUUCAAAACCUCUUUGAAUUUGACGGAACAGAUAUUCCGUAUCCUACAAACUGAAUCAAGGUGAUCCUGAUCACCUGAAUGAGAUGUUGAAGUUGUUUUAACACCUCAUAUUUUUUGCAAUAGGUUUUUAUUUUGAAAUAUUUAUAUUGAAAUUUCGUUUUUUAGCACAUACUAUUAGCAUUUUCUUAAGGUAUUUACAAUGUAUUGUAAAACAAAAACAAUUUGUCUCUGUGUGUUUGUCACAUAUUUUAUGUUGUCAGUUAUUAACCAGACUGGUCUCAUGCACCGUUUUUUAAGUUAAAUCUCGAUGGAGACUUGUUAAAUCAAGUCUAAACGUCAAACUAGUAAACAAAGGACAGAUGAGCUGAAAUUAUGUUGCAGUUCACAGAGGAGUAUUUACAAAGAGUCCAAAAGUCUGUUUUGUUGACAUUAUUGACGAAAGUUUUCUUGUUUUGGAAUACAGUUUUAUAACUGUAUUAAAACUGACAACUGUUUAUAUGAAGCUGAAA